GAUGUAGCGGAAGAAGAAGAAAAAGGUCGUGUAUAAAAUCCAGCCUUUGAUCGUCUUUUUAAAAAUUUAUUUAGCGAAUUUUUUUGCGGGAUUUUCCGGAACGCCGCGUCGGCGGAUCACAAGCCGGCGGAAGGACACGGUGUUGUUAUGAGCACGUGACGGUUUCAACGUACGUUAACGACGAUUUGACGUCGCGCCUCGUUGACCGGACAUGGCUUCAUCAGAGGUCAACAUGCAGGAAAUGGGUGAAGUUGUGAUCGUGGCCUUACCGGAGGCAGUUACUGAGGACCUGCCCGCAGUGGUGGAGGAGGACAAAGCAGUGUUGGUGACCUCGGAGCUGAGCCCUCCGCCAGGAGAAGACGUUCUGACGGUGGUGCCAAUGGAAGGAGACGCUGAGAGCAGCAGAACGGGCUUGAUGUCCAAAGAAGAGGCCGUCAUCGUGAAGCUCACUGAGGAGGUGGAUGUGGAAGCGGACGUCUUCUACCCCAUCACCUGUGGAGACUCCAAAGCGACGCUGGUCUGGAAGAAGUUUGUGUGUCCUGGCAUCAAUGUGAAGUGUGUGCAGUUCUGUGAGCAACUUAUCAGUCCCAAGGAGUUUGUCUGCUUAGCGGGUAAAUCCACCCUGAAGGACUGGAAACGAGCCAUUCGCCUCAACGGAACCAUGCUCAGGAAGAUCAUGGACUCUGGUGAGCUGGACUUUUAUCAGCACUCAAAGGUUUGCUCCAACACAUGCCGCAGCACCAAGAUCGACCUGGUGGGAAGCAAAGUGUCUGUCAGCAGCGAGCAGGUGGCCGACCUGAUCCCCGCCGCGCUGUCCUCAGCCGACCUGAAUGGAGCAGCUGCCUCGUUUCCAGACGUGAUGGAGGAAACGUCAGAGUGGGUUACAGCCAUCAGAGAGGACUCCGUGGCUUUUUGGCACGGCCUGAAAGAGGUGGGGCUUCUGGAGGAAGUGGUGGAGGAAUUCCAGAAGGAGCUCCAGGAAGUGUUGAAGGGGAUGCAGGAGCGGGUCUGUGAGCCACCGUUACAGGUCAAAGAUGCUGUUUUGCUGAAUAACAUUGUGCAGAACUUUGGGAUGUUGGACCUGGUGAAGAAGGUUCUGGCAAGUCACAAGAAUCAGAUGGACCGACACAGAGAGCAGUACACACGCAGCCUCGCAGCUCUGGAGCACCAGUGUGACGAGCACAGGAAGCGGGCCAAGGAGCUGAAGAGUAAAUCCCAGCACCUCAACAAUGUCCUGAUGACCCUCACCCCGCUGCCUGCAGCCACUGCCGCCAAACGGCCCCGGCUGACCCGCGCCGUCUCCGGUCCAGCCUCCGUCAAUGCCGCCCCGCUUCAGAUCACGCUGCCACUCAGCCAGCUGGCUGGACUACCAGUUGGCAAGGUGCUGACAGUGGCAGGAGCCCCAGCUGGCAGCGGGUACACCCUCCUGACCUCGCCGGUCAUCGGGCCGGAGCUGGCCACUGAUGCCUCAAAUCUGACUGUAGUGUCCGCGGGGGCAGGUCAGGAGGCCACAGCUGCAGCCGGCACCGCUGCGGCUUCAGCGGCCUUUGUUAAAGUGGUUGGAUCUCAGUUUCAGUUGGUAACUUUGCCAGCCGCGCUCCCGAGCCAGGCCACGGCACAGAACGCUGCCCUUUCUCCGCCUGUUGGUGGCGUCGGCGUUGCCACAGCUGAUGUGCCCGGUGAAGACCGAGGUGUCGGUGCUGUGGAGGGUGAGUCGGUCCAGGUGGCAGAAGAAGAUGGGGAGCAGGCAGCACAGCAGCACUGAGAGAACCUGCUACCAGCUCCCUGCUGGACGUUUGAACCCUCGACCCGCUGGUCCCCCAUUUGUUCUGCUCGGACUCUGUAAAUAGUUUUUAUUAAAUUCAGAUGUGUGUUUGCGUCAGCUUUUUUUGUUUUUUUUUUCUGCUCUCGUUGGUGAACUUUAAUGAAGUUUGUUGCAUUAAUUGUGUAUGUUAAAAAAUCACCAUGGUUACCUCCUCCUGCAGAAAGUGAGGAGGCUUCUGAUGUUUCUCUACAAUCUGCUGGAAUCAGAAUGUUUUUGCACCCGUGCACAUACCAUGAGCACGGAGACACCCCAGCUCAGAUGUGGGAGGAGCUUUUAAUAUAUGUCAGAAAACAUCAUUUUCACAGCCAGUCAGAAGGUUUCUAUGUCACCAUGAGUGAAGUCCAUCGCUUGUCAUCUUACGUCACCUGUGACUGAAGAGGCAAAAUGCAAAUAAACAACC